AUGGCUGAUACCGCGCCCAACGGUGGCUCCAUUUUGGAGACCACCACGAACACAUCUUCACACUGGAAAAAAAUACCUUCUGCAUGCUAUCUUGUGUGCCCGCGCGCUAACCCGUCCGUCUCUCCUUAUCCAGGUCCCGUUGCUCAGAAUGUCAAAGACCAGAACGCAAAGACUCAGGCUGAGUUUUCCAAUCUUGCCGCCUCUCGCAAGACUCCUACGACACCUGCUGCCACUGGCCAGCCUCUUACACAUUAUCACUCCCUCUUCUCGGAGCUUCUGUCAUGGAAGAACCCUCGUGCCUCCGCUAUCGCAUACGCUUCGAUUGUCUCCUUCAUCUUCGCCGUUAGGUACCUCGAUGUGAUUCGCUGGGGUCUCAAGCUGUCUUUCAUGGCUCUUGCCAUCACAGUUGCCGCUGAGGUUACUGGUAAGGUCGUCCUCAGCCACGGCCUGGCUACUCAGAUGCGACCUCGCCAUUAUUGGACCGUUUCACGGGCUACUGUUGAUGGCAUGAUUGGGGAUGUUCAUGAACUCAUCAACUUCUUCGUUAUUGAGGCCCAGAGAAUUCUCUUUGUUGAGAACGUCGGUGCUUCUGCUGCCGCAGGCGUUGCGGCCUUCAUUUCCUACCAUCUCGUCAAGCUUGUCCCGUACUGGGGACUCGCCAUCAUUGCCACAACCGUUGCCUUCUUCGUUCCUCUCGUCUACACAUCCAAUCAGGAGUUGAUCGACCAGCACCUUAAGAACGCCUCCGAUGCAAUUAGUGCCCAGACUGCUCAGGUCCGAAGCGUUGCCCAGAAGCAGGCCGAUCAACUCACCACCAUGGGAAAGCAGUACGCUGGAGACUACACCGGCAAGGUACAGGAGAUGCUCCGUGGCCGUGGCGCCCCUGCUCCUUCCGGCCCCCCUAAGCAGCCUACCCUCGUUGCUCCUGCCAAGAAGCCCGAAUUCCCUACUCCUCCCACCGAGGAGCCCAAGUCUACGAAGACGGCCGAGCCUGAGGGCGAGGUUCCCGAGGAACCUGUCAUCCCCGAGACAGAGCCUUUGGUUGCUUCCUAG